AUGAAUGUCACAGCCUGGGAGACCAACCUCACAACUAUCAAUGGAAGUGAUCAGGCCAUUUAUCAACAUUAUACAAAGUUAAUCCUGCACUUACUGACAGGCAUCGUGGCCCUGGUUGGGGUGGCAGGCAACGCGGUGGUGCUCUGGCUGCUGGGCUUCCGCAUGCACAGGAACGCCUUCUCUGUCUAUAUCCUCAACCUGGCGGGUGCUGACUUCCUCUUCCUCUGCAGCCUAUGUAUAGGUACCCUAAGAUCACUUUUUGAAUUCAAUUUUGUCCUUAGAGGAAUCAGCAGAUUUGUCGUCCCUGUGAUAGUCUUUGCCUACAUCUCAGGCCUGAGCCUUCUCAGCGCUAUCAGCACGGAGCGCUGCCUGUCUCUCCUGUGGCCCAUCUGGUACCGCUGCCGCCGCAUCAGGCACAUGUCUGCCAUAAUGUGUGCUCUGCUCUGGGCCCUGUCCCUGCUGCUGAGCAUCCUGGAAGGGAACUACUGUGGCUACCUGGUAAGGAAUAUACACCGUGUUUGGUGCCGAGUGUGGGAUUUCAUCACUGCAGCCUGGCUGAUUUUGCUGUUUGUGCUUCUCUAUGGGUCCAGACUGGCCCUGAUGACCAGACAGCUGUGUGGCUCCAACCGGGUUCCCUUGACAAGGCUCUAUGCAACCAUCAUGCUUACAGGGCUGGUCUUCCUCUCCAGCCUGCCCUUCGUCAUCCACUGGUUCCUCUUAAUCUGGUUUCAAAACUAUUCGGAUGUCUUCGUUCCUCAUUUCUUGGCCGCAGUUCUCCUGUCCUGUGUCAACAGCUGUGCCAACCCCAUCAUUUACUUCUUCGUUGGCUCCUACAGGCAGCGAUGGUGGAAGCGGAGACACACCCUGAGGCUGGUUCUCCAGAGGGCUCUACAGGACACUCCUGAGGUGGAUGAACCUGGAGAGAGCCUUCCUGGGGGAACCCUGGCCAUGUCAGGAAAUCUGGUGUCCUGA